UCAUUAACUAAUAAAUUUGAUUAUUGACCGAAUCAUUAACUAAAAAAAAAAAAAAAAGACGUAAUCAGGUAAGAUUUUUGACAGGUGUGAACCAUUGAUUGGACAUGUGUAUUAGCAAAGUUGUUGGCCUAUCUCACCACCUCACGCUCUAUUUAUAUAAAAAAACCAAUCCUCUAUCUAAUCUUCAACUUCUCCUUUUAAUUCAUUCAUAUACAUAACAAAUUUUAGAUCUCUUCCGUUCUCUUAUUUCGUUUCAAGCUCUGCCGAUGGAUAACCGUCGUCAAUUGCCGCCGAUGAUGACCAGUCGUAUUGAGAGGAUUAGGCCUCCUUGCCCAACAAAGCCCACCGAAUCUCAAAAUCGAAACCAACCUAAAGUGAGUUUCCAAAAUCGAAACCAACCUAAUUCUCAACAUUUCAACAAUGGCGGCGGCGAGUUCCAGGAGAUUUCAAUCUCUCAUGCCCGAAAUCGGCGAAAUCGUUAUGGUGAGAGUCGUUAAUCAAGAUGACGUUGGAGCAGAUGUCCGUCUCCUUGAGUAUUCCGACAUUCCCGGCCGGAUCCAAGAGGUCGCCGAAUUCGUUCUCCAUCGGGAAGAGCCCGCUGUCGUCAUAGCAGUAUCUCCUUUAGUGGUACUAAGCAGAGAUGUUGGUUUUGAUGACAGAUUCCUUUGCUCACAAAGGUAUCUUGAAGGAAGUUUCGUUAUCUGGGUACUCAGAUCUGUUGCUAUAGAUCUAGGAAGGGAUUUGCUGAGUAUUCAGGUUGAGACGCAGUGGCCUUCUUACGAGCUCUUGACACAUAGAAGAGUUUUAAAAAAGCUUCCGGUUGGAGUAUCGCCACAAGUGCGAGAGAGUCUGAUUCAAAAUCUGUCUAAAAUCAGACUUGACACGUGUAGAAUCAACGAUCCCACUCUUUUAACGCCAUGCCCUGCUAACCAGACACGUGAGGAUUGUUGGGCACAUGCUCUUACAAGUCAAUUGGAAGCUAACCUAAAGAGGAGUGGAAAGAUGCCGAGAGAUGAUUAUCUUAAGGCAGAGGAUCUCUUCCUUAAAACACCUUCAAAGGAUGAGGGUGUCAUUGAAUCUAUAACAGAUGCGAGCCAUGCUCUUACGGUUGUUGGGAUCGAGUCUAAAAAAGGAGUGGUUUAUAAAGCUAUUUCAAUAUCAGUUGAGAAUGAAGUUGACCUUCAGCCUGAAAGAUGGGACACUUUACUUGAAGAUUUGGCAAAAGAUGAGGUUCCAGUCACCGUCACUGUAUUGUGGUUUCCAAGUUACGAGCAUCGUAACGGAGAUGGAAUAUACAAACCAACUGAUGAUGAAUGGGAUACUUUUAAAAAUAAUCCCGACUUUUAUAAAAAGACUCUUACUCACAGCAUGCUAUUGACAGGGGCUGGUACAGAUGAAAUUGAUGGGACUCCGUACUUCGAGAUGCAGGAUAGUAACGGAGAUGUUGACCAUGGAGACCGUGGUUAUCUCCGCUUCGCCCGCCUUCCAUACUCUCUGGUGCUCGAGUAUGUUGAGAUGGUGGUAUGAUCUCUCAACAGAAGUUUGUCGUCCAUCCGCCAUUUCACAUGUUUCUCACCCCUCCUCCUCCUACUUUGAUCUUUUAUCUAUGUUUGUUAAACCAUGUCUAAUAACUUUAUUGCCUAUUGAGUGUCAGAUGUUAGAGUCAUUGUUUGUGUUGUUGUUGUACUCUGUUUUAGCAUCUAUUUUGUGAAGGAUCUAAUAUCUUUAUAAGAGUGAAUUUCAAAAACUAGAACGCAAAAGACAAAAAGCUAUGCUCACUAAAUUGACCUUUUCUUUUUUUAA